GGCUGGACAGAUCUAGCGUCGGCUCGUCCUCCCAUCAGGCAGCCACGCCCGACGCCGCCUUCCCCCAGUUCCCCGCCGAUCUGCACGGUCGCCGCCGGCUUCCCCGGCCGCCGCUGCCUUCUCCCUCCGCCGGACCCGUGGCCGCCGCCCCCUCCUCCGUCAGCGCCCCCCCCGGCCGCCGCCGCCUCCCCCUGCAGCCGCGGCCAGGCUGCGUCCUCAGGCCCGGCGGCAGGUCGCCGCGGCCACCCCCCUGCAGCCGCGCCAUCCCCGGCCGCCGUGGCCAGCUCGCCGCCUCGGGGCGGCGCCGGGAAUUCUGCUCCCCCCGGCAGCGGCAGUACCCGGCCGUCGUGCUGCCAGCUCUCCUCCCCCGCAUACACCUGAUGAGAAGAAACAAUUGGUGAAGGAUGGUGAGCUGCUGAUACGAGCGAACCAGGGGCACAUGGUAACGUUUGUAGAGUGCAUCAAGCACGGCAACUUCACCGCUGAGGAGGCCCUCAUCGUCAGCCCCACCACUCUCUCGGCAACAGGGAAAUCAAAAGAUGAUUUUUUUUGUCAAGUAGGCUAAUCGGUUUUUCACAGUGCACAACUUGUACUGAAAUCAAGUCACAGAAGCUUGCUGCAGAAACCUGCUAUUAAGUACUGGGAUCACUGUAGGGCAAGACAUGGCCUCCUCUUUGCAAUUUAAUUAGGCUUCCUUAUUUCCUUCUGGUUAUAAAAUCUGCACUUCCAAAAUAUCUUCUUUUGGAUGAUGACCCCGGCCGCCGCCUCCGCUGCCACGGAGUUCUCCGACGGGAUGCCGUCUCCAACCUCUCCCGCCGCAACGCCAUCCCACCCCAGCUCCGGCCGCCACUUCUACCUCGCCGUCGACCGCCUCCAGUUCAAGAUGAGAACGCUCCUGGAACUCCUCGGCGUCGUGGCCGACCGCCGCGGCGCGCUGCCAAUCGCCAUCUGCGUCUCCUCCCGCGACGAGCUCGACGCCGUCUGCGCCGACGUCGCCGGCCUCCCCUUCAUGUCGUUGUCGCCGCUGUACAGUGAUCAGGCCGAAUCAGAGCGAGCAUCGGUUCUUGACAAGUUUCGUCAGGCAACAAUCCAGUGGAAUCAUAUGAAAAUUGCUGCUGAUAUUGCAGAUAGUCCCAAGACUGAAAGUACAGAGUCAAAACUAACCAUCAUUGUAGCAACAGAUGCCUGCUUGCCCCAGGCAACAUUAGGAGAGACUCACCUUAUGGCUCGCGUGCUAAUAAACUAUGAACUUCCCACAAAGAAGGAAGCUUACUUCAGACGUAUGUCCACAUGCUUGGCAGCAGAUGGAAUCGUUAUUAACAUGGUUGUUGGUGGCGAAGUAGCCACGCUCAAGGCUCUAGAAGAAAACAGUGGUCUACUUAUUGCAGAGAUGCCAAUACAUGUUUCAGAGAUAUUAUAACUGUCUCAAUUGUAUGGCAAUCAGAAGUUACUUCCGUAGGAACUAACUACUCAAGGAGCCAAAGGUUCUGUUUUGUGCUAGUUUGAUUUGUGCAAUUGCUUACAACAGAGUAGAAAACCAGCACUCAGUCAAAAUAAAGAGGGUAUUAUUGUGGUUUCUCAGUGCCUUGGUACUUUUUAUCUCAGGUUAGAGGUUAGGUCCUAUGUGCUGCAGUGAAAUUUAUUUUCAUUAGUAGAUCACAUAACAUUUUACUAAAUUAUCCAACUGUAUCCUAAUUUGUAUUACCAAGGAGGGCUCUAGCAAAUAAUUAGUAUGUAUGCGCAUUCACCCAAUGCGUUUGAUGUUUGCCAUUUUGACUUGUCAUUAUUUUGGAAUUUUUUAAUGUAAGUCAUAAGAUAAUCAGAAAUAAACUUGCACCAAUCCCAAUCCUUGUUUAAUUUCACAUCAAUUAGUGGGGUGAUGUACUUUAUAUAUAUAUGUGUGUCUGAGUUUGGACAAAAAAAAUGAUGAUAGCACAAUUAUCAUGAAACAUCUUUUAACACCCUCUUCACUGUCAUUCAUUAGCUUGUUCCUAACAAAUGAUAUAAGUUGGUUGCUGUUACCAGAGAAAUUUCUUUGCAACAAUAGUUUGACUUUUGAUCUCUUUUUCAUCUAUAGGAAGACCCAAUACAUGAUGC